GGCCCUUCAUGACCGUCACGUAUUUGUGCGACCGCGGUCGGAAGCGCCGUUGACGACACCUGCCACGGCUUUCGACUCCGGCUCAAUCACUCAUGAUCACCCGGCAGAUGCAGCCCCUGGCCGAACAGCAUGGUACAGCGGCCGAUGCGACAGGUAGACGAUGGCGCCGUCCGCGAUGGAGGCCGACUUAAUCUGCUGUGUCUCGAUGGCGGCGGCGUUCGCGGGCUGUCGUCAUUGCACAUUCUGCAGAGGCUGAUGGAGCAGAUCGAUCCUGAGAAGCCGCCGAAGCCGUGCGACUAUUUCGACAUGAUAUGCGGGACGUCCACGGGGGGUUUGAUCGCUAUCAUGCUGGGAAGACUCCGAAUGACGGUCGCGCAAUGCAUCCGCGAAUAUGAGGAACUGUCCUCGUCCGUAUUCACCAAGCGCCGACACAGGCUCAACUGGAAGGGCCAGCUCCAAGGCCGCUUUGACCACGCAGCGCUCGAAGAUGGGGUCAAAGCGAUCCUUGGACGACUCGAUUUCCCGGAGGACGAGCUUCUCAAAGAAGCAGACGGGAAGCCUCGGUGCAAGGUCUUUGUCUCGACCAUGAGGCAGGAAAUCUCCGACAUUGUCAACCUGACGAGCUACUACUCUCCGACUUGGGGCACCUCGAUGCUCGAUCGUGCCAAGAUCUGGGAAGCUGCACGUGCGACGUCGGCAGCGACCUCAUUCUUUGACCCCUGUGUCAUCGACGGCAAGUCCUUCGCCGACGGCGGAACCGGCGCCAACAACCCAAUACACCAGCUCUGGGCGGAGGCGUCGUGUGUCUAUGGUGACGGCAACACAAGCAGUGCAUGGAAGCUGGAGGAUCACUUGCACUGCCUCGUAUCCAUAGGGACCGGUACGCCGUCGCGCAAGCCGUUUGGUCCCGAUCUACAAGACGUAGCUACGGCGCUACGAGCGAUUGCCACGAGUGCCGAGUCUGUGGCACAGACUUUCGAGCGGGAGCAUCCACAUUUGGUGAAUAGUUGUGCAUAUUUCCGGUUCAACGUCACAAACGGCCUGCAGGGCGUCGGCCUCGAAGCAUCUGAUCGACUGGGCGAGAUCGAGGCUUUGACAAGCAGUUACUGCGCUUCUCCGACGAUAAUUCAGAAGAUGAAAACCUGCGCCACCAAACUGACAGGGAUUAGGUGCAAUGAAGGUCUCGGUUGGGUUGAGCAGGCCGGGAUCCGAUUCAAGCAACUGAUGGCUCCCCAAGUUUGCGUGCCGUUCAGCCAAGACGAAAUUGUAAACACAGACUCGACAGACUCGGUCGAUCUCUUCAGUUUCAUUCACUGCCGAUCCUUCGAAGACUGGCUGCAGAGCCAGUCUCGAUGGCUCAUCUGCCUCACCUCGGCCACCAUGAGCUCGCGGACCGUCAAGUUUGACCACACGUUUCCGCUGGCGGAGAGACUAAGUAAACGUCUCUCAGUAUAUCGUCUCGAGGGAUAUACUACACUCUAUAUCAAUUGUUACUGGGUCCUGGAUAGGCCAGGGGGCUUCCGCCUGCAGGUGCUGGUCGAGGAGCACCUGAAGCGUACGAACCAGAUCCCAGGAAAAACGUCAACAUAUGACACCAUCCUUCCGGCUUUGUUUUAUCAGUUGUGCAACCAAUCGUCCAAUAAAUUUGCGAUGCUGCAAGGGUUUUGCAACUCAUUGAAUGAUGACCGGGCGGCGAUGUUUCGACAACAUAUGGUCCAGGAGGGGAUGCCGGGCACGUGGGACCUCGUGGAGGUCAUGGAAUUCCUUCUUGCAACUUGCGAGCAGGGCAUUCUGGUGGCAAUCGAUGGCAUCGAUGCUCUUUCUGAGGUUGAUAGUAUUGCCUUGAUGAUCCUACUGAAUCGCCUUAACACGAAGGGCGUCGAUCUCAAGCUGCUAUUUUGUGGUGCCUCUGAUAUGGCCAAAGCGCCAGGCGGCAUCGACGUCGCGAUCGUGACCGACUCUACAGAAGCGAAUGAAUGCCGCGCUACCCUAAGGUUCGACGAAUUCAAUGUCCGCAAGUCCCAAAUCGCACCCGCCGCGUCGGGCACGACCGAGUGGAUUUGGAAACAUCCCGUCUUUAGAGACUUUGCAUCUAGGCGCAACGGGCUGCUUUGGAUCAGGGGCAAGCCAGGGAGUGGUAAAUCGGUACUGGCAAAGUCCAUCCAGAAAAUGCUACUCGGUUCGAAUCCAGGCCGUACCCUCGUCGGCGACUGGUUCUACCACGGCCGGAGGGGUGCCCACUAUAUACGGCAUCUAUCGUUUCUGAGAUCGGUGCUGCACCAAUUUCUCGAGCAGAACCUGUCGCUAUUUUCGGAGUAUUUCCUCGACGCUUAUCGCCGCCAGGGCCCCAUGAGCCCGAACGGAUGGUCAUACGAGACACUCGCAGACAUAUUCCAGCGAAUCUGCUGUGGGCCGCUCCAUGUCAUCUGUGUCAUCGAUGCCAUGGACGAAGCGGAGGAUGCCACCAUUCUAGAUUCCCUUGUGGAGAUUGUGCAAGGCAGGCCAGGGUCGAAUGCAAGUUUCAUCGUCCUCAGUAGGCCUCACAUUGACAUCGAGCGCCGGGUCUACAAUGUGCCUGUCCUGGACCUGGAGCGUCAGAACGAAGCAGACAUUCAACGUAUCAUUAGUGCUGGAGUCGAUUCGCUCAGGAAAUCCCUGCAUUCGCUCGACUUCGACAAACCUGCCUCGCUCGGCCCUCGUUCGGCUGUACGAAUGCGCAAGUCCCGGUUUGGCUCUAUUGCCAUGAGCCAGGCUCGCGAACAGGAGGCCAUCGAACGUAUCCGCAAGACGCUCUUGACCAAGGCACAGGGCUCAAUUCUAUGGGUCAAGCUUGUCUUGGACAGGCUCAACCAAGCUUCGCAGGAGUUCGGCGGCGCAACCCUGGACGACAUGGAGUCGCUCGUCAAUGAGAUCCCAAAGGAAUUGCAAGAGUUGUACCGUCAAAUCCUCGCCACGCUGAUUAAAGGAAAGUCUGCGGAGAUGAUCCAGGACAUUCGCAGAGCGCUGAUGUGGAUAGGCGCUGCAGGAAAUCUCGGCGACGUGACGCUCGAGAACCUGUGGGAAGCGCUGGCGCUGCUCAAGGAUGAAUUUCGAUCAGAAAACCUGGACGGGGUGUGGCAGAGACAAAUGCUCAUCACUACGUACGACGAGCUUUGGAGGAAGAUAUAUACCAUGUGCGGGCCCUUUGUCGAGGUAUACACGCCAGGUUUGUCGGUAGACGAGUCACGGACCACGCAGUACAAGGCCUGCUCAGUCGUGCAGCUGAUGCACCAGUCCGUACGCGAUUUCCUUUGCGGCGGUCAUGCAGCCGGAGACCUGCACUUCCCAUGGGCCGUUGCGGUGCGCCUGGUGGAGAAGAACCUGGGUCACUAUUUGGAGCUGGUGGCUCGUGAUGGCGAGCGAAAUCUCAGGCUUGGCCCGCGGCUCCCGGAAGAGAUGGUUGGACGUCUCAGCGAGCAGCGCCUGCUGCAACUGGCUCUCAACCUCGUCGAGGCAGGUAGUGGCUCCGGGAAGAGAAUGCGAGGGCUGGUUGGCAACUGGAUCCUCGAGCCUGCGCCCAAAGGAUCUAAAGAGGAGCUCCUCGUGGACGCCAUCGAGGACUACCUGAUUGUGGGGGAGAGCAGGUUCAAUCCGCAGACCGCAGUGAACAUGUUGAGUCUCGGACGCCUCUUCUAUCACGCCUGCAAGGAAGGCCUAGCCACUGCGGUGCGCAACCUGUUGUUGUUGAACUGGCUGGUGCUGAACGAAGUAAGACAUCCAUUCGAUGCCAUCCUCUUUGGGUGCAUUUACUUCGCAGCAUCGACGAGCGGGGACCCGAACAUGACCGUUGCAUUGCAGUUGCCCAAGGUUGCGCCGAAAUUGCCCAGCUCGCCACGUCCAAAUCUCAAAGACCCGGGGCUCUUUUCUCCGGUAACUCCUGAAAGGUGGAGGGAGACGGUACUGGCGGAUGACGAACCGGAACUUGAACCCGAGGCUACGCUUUCAAAGAUGGACACGGCGUCGUCGUCGUCAUCAUCAUCAUCAUCAUCAUCAUCGGAGACGGCAGUGGACAACCCCGAUGAGCCGGUCCGGGUAAGGAGACGUCGACCAACGGUUCCGGCCAGUCCACCAUUCGACCAGGUGUCUGAAAAGGACGAGAAAAGGUACUACUCGUCAUGGGACUCGCAUGCGAGGUGGCACUCGCAGGCCUGGACGGUUGAGCUCACCGUGAAAAGGGGCCCGGGAGGGACACACACAACGACGCAUUCAGUUACGUUCAAGCAAUGGUGUCGCUUCUUGGAUAUUCUUUGCGGGAGCAAGAGUCGCGAGCUGCGUCGGCGAGGGCAGGGAACCGAGGUCUGCGUGGUUGGACCGAGCGCGCCGCUGCCGCAGCACGAGGAGGGGGGAGGGUCGGCGAGUGCAAUUUGCGAAGAGAUGAGCGAUAUGCAUCUUGAACAUGAAGACGAGGGUGAGCAGAUUGAAGUUCCGCUUGAGGAUGUCGAGGAUGCGGUGUUGGCGUCACUAGAGUUGGGGAACAACCGGACUGGGAUAGGGGUAAAGUAGGAGGACCACUCGUUCAGAUGGAAGAGUCUCACCGCGUGGUCGGACCUAUAAUCUAUACCUCACCCUCUUUCGUCCAAUCUAUUGAAUACCUUUAUUUUCCUCCG